GGUUGGUGCCGGUGCUAACGAAGCAAAUAGUUGUUUGGUGUUCCGAAGGGUCUCAUGGCGAAGAAUGCGCAGCUGGAGUUGAAAGCAUCCGCGACAACACUGGCAAUUUGGGACUGGAGCGACCGCUUGCUGUAUGGCGCACACGUCUUUUGGAUGAUCAAGGAGAUCGGCUGGGUACUCCUGGUCCCCGAAAUCUGUUUGCCUGCCGGCCUGGCCGCGGGGCUCCUGAUGAUCAUCGGCGUCAUCGCUCACGCCUGCCGUCGAGACUUCGCCAAUGUUCUUCCAGAGAUGGUGAUGUGCAUUUGGCUAUGCUCCAACGUGACCUGGAUGGCCAGUGAGGUGCUGAUGGACGACCCGGACGCCAAGUUCUCGUGGCACUUGUGCCCGGUGCUCCACGGCGAUCAUCAGUCAGAGUACGACACUAUGUCCGUCAUGGUCGCAGACGGCUUUCUGCUUUCUGCGGGUCUAUAUGUGCUUGGUGUGGCGUAUCUCAUUUGCGUACACCGUCGUUUGAAGGGCCCUGUGGGACGCGUCCUGCUGCAGUGCUACCUUUGCAGCUGGUGCUUGAAGGACUACUUUUGGGCCGACGAGGAUUUUUGGCCGGCCAUUUCUACUGACCUGGUCACUGUGCCCAUGCUGCUCUACAACAUUCACCUCGAAUCAGGAAUUUGUUCGGCAUCCCUUGCGAGUUUCGCUUGGCUUUCAUGGACUUUGGCGAAUGGCAUUUGGAUUGUGGGAGAGCUCAAGUUUCCUGGGGAGACUGGAUUCAACAUCAGUGCUGCGUGCUUGCUCACGUUGGCACUGGUCUUCCUUGGCACGGGCUACCAGGCUUACAAGGCCAGUGAGCGUGUGGACUUGUGCCCCGACAGCAGCAGCGAGGACAGCUGUGACAGCAUCAGCGCGAAUGAGUCCUGCUAGAGUGGCACCGAUUUAAUGCCAAGAGAGCAGCCCAGAGUUGCUUGGAUCAUCUCCAUGGUGUAAGUCCUGUUCGGUUUCC